AUGGUCGACAGGGACUUCUUCUUCAUCACGUUCUUGCUCGUGAUCUUCUUCCUUCUACCCAGCGGGAAUGAAGCUCCUCACAACGGCAACGAACAGGAGGCGCUCUCCACCUGGUUCCGCCAGCGGCAGACCAACCAGAAGCAAAUGGCGGCGCUAGAGCCCUGGCAGGGCUACGGCAACCUCACGGGGUUCCAGCUCCUGUACCAGGACUGGGUCGACGGCAAGAACCAGUCAGAUUACCCGUUACACGAAUUCAGUCCCGACCACCCGUUCCACAACGAUAACCAGCGCGAUAGCAUCCUUCCAGAUAAGGUGCUGGAGUCGGUGCGCCAGUGGUGGGCGGCUGACCCGCUGCUGCCGUACUUGCUUAACAUAUCGGGCUCAGCCGAUGGCCACUGGGCCACCGCCCACUACUUUAAACGGGUGCCGCUCGAAAUGCCCAAGUACGUGCAAAAGUUUUAUGAGGAGUACACCCAGCGCAAGUACGAUGAGGAAAAGCAACGCUACGACAACGAUCCCGAUCUGGGCACCGCUCCCGAACGGCCUCAGCCGCCAGUGCAAAAAGUGGGCAACAUGAGCGUCGACCAUGGUAAAGUGUCGCUCCAGUUUCUGAACCGCGAUUACAACUAUAAAUGGCACCCCAAGACAUCAGUGACGCCCAUUGACGACGCCGUGCCUGCUGACGUUAGAGUGUACCUCAAAGAUGAAGGUGAUGGCGACGCUAACGCCAUCUACAUGCUGGGGGUAUAUUUUCAAGACCUGGGGCUGAUGGUUGCGGUGACGGACCUGGCUAAAUUUAUGGGCCCCUACGCGCUUCCUCAGUUGCUGUUUGGUGGGUUCAACCGCUCCCAAGCGCUUGUUAACGAGUACCUUAAUUAUACCAAUAACGAUGACGCCCUGAUCGACCAGCUUCGCCUGGCAGCACUGGGAGCACUCGAACAGUGCGAGUUUGUCGGCUACUUCCAGCUUGCUCCCGCCGAGUAUUCGCGGGACGAGUUGCGGGAGAUUGAUGACGAGUUAGCUCGUCCCGUGGGGCGCCCUUUACCUCGGAAAUUGCCCCCGUUGGAGGUGUCGCAAUUCUUGCUCUACCUGCCUGACUGUGGGGUGGCCUACGCUCUGGAUGGGUUAGUGGAAGGGACGAAAACGCUGGUGGCAGCUCGAGGGAUCAGACACAUGUUGGCGGGGUUCUUAGUGCUUAUGUUCGCUCAGCUUGGGCUCUACUUACGCCAAAUGCGCCACAUGCGGACUCCAGGCCAAUUGCUGACGGUGCUGGCCCGCACGUUGUUCAUGUUGGCCUACCAAAACACGCUUGUCACCAUUGGCUUCUGGUUGUUGCUGCUGGUAUACGGCGAUAUCUACUUGGUGCUCGCCGGGGUGCUGGUAGUAUCAUUUACCUGUGGCAUCCUAGACUUAAGAUUUAUGACGCUGGUGCUUAUGAUCCAAGUUAACGAACAGGGCAUUUCGUGGUGGAACAUUCUUCGAGGAGGUACGAGAGAACAACGGGAAGACGAAGCCGAUGUUGAAGCUGGCGGCGAUGCUGCUGGUGGUGAAGGUGGCCAAGCGGAACCCGAACCGGCUCCUGGUCCUGGAUUUGGUCUGUCUUCGGAAGAAGCGGGGCUCUUCAACUCCGUCGUGGGGCUGUGUUUGUUCAGUGCUCUCGUGACGAUGUUUGUCGGGGUAAACGUCAUUGGCUGGCGCUACCGCUACCGCAAGAUCGCCGAGUACUUGUUUGUGCUCAUCACUAACCUGUACUGGAUCCCCCAGUUCCUCCGCAAUACCCUUAAAAACCGGCGCCAGGCGUUCUCAUGGGAGUUUGUCGUCGGCAUCCUGCUCAUUCGCAUCAUCUGCCUCGCCUACUUGUGUCUCUACCGCAACAACCCGCUUCGCCAUGCCUACGACCCGAUGGAGGUGGCCAUCACCACCGCCUGGCUUAUCACGCAAUGGCUAUUGUUGUACUUGCAAAAACGGUUGGGCGCCCGCUUCUGGAUCCACGACAAGUUCCUCCCCAAGGCAUUCGACUACCAGCCCACCAUCACCAUGCUGGAUCUUGAGCUGAACUUUUCUCUGGAUGUGUUGGAAGGGAUCAAACUGGGUGACGACGAGCCCGCCCCUCCGGGUAUUGUCAACUGCCAGUGUAUGUGUCCUAUCUGCAUGACGCUGUUGACGUUGCCGGUGGUGAAAGACCCGCAAGUGGCUCCGACCAACAUCCACAAGGACUACAUGAUCACGCCGUGCCACCACAUCUUCCACGCCGAGUGCUUGGAGCUGUGGAUGAAGUACAAGCUCCAGUGUCCCGUGUGCCGCCUGGUGUUGCCACCGAUAUGA